CUUGACCAACAUGUCGCGACUGGACUUAUUUUGGCUCCUGGUCAGUUUCCAGCAAGUGAUUGGCAGUGACUUUUCCGGCAUGAGUUCGGAGUUCAAGCAGUGUGUUCGUGGUUCGCAGAAACCACAGCUAAGUGAAUGUUUGGGCCGCUCUGCCCUGAACUUCAUCCAGAGACUGGAUGAGAGCGAUAACAUUCGAUUCGUGGACGAUUUAGUGACAGUGAAAAGUGAAACACCCGCAGUUAGAUCUCUGGCCAAUGUUCUCGACACAGAUCCAGUGGACUUUCGAGGGAUUCUUGAAAAUGCUGGCGCCGUUAUGGGUCAACGCAGUCUCGAGUGGCACAUGGAUGGCAUUUAUCCCGGUCUCAUGUUCAAAAUUGGUCCCACUGCGGAUGCGAACAGUGUGGCUGAGUUCGUCCUUGAUGGAGCUGGGCAGGGAGAUCGUCAAUUUGGAUUCGAGGAACCACCAACGGGUCGUCUUUUAGCCAAACAGUAUUUACUGCCCUUCCUGUUGGGCCUUAAGUUCAAUCUGGUUGCUCUGGUUCCCCUGCUGUUUGCUGGCAUAUGUCUGCUCCUCAAAAAGUCACUGUUUUUGGUUAAGUUGGCCAUAUAUGUGAGCAGCUUUUUGGGCCUGGGCGGCAUCAUGGGCUCACUGGGCGGAUUGGGAGGUUUCGGUGGCUUUGGCGGGGGAUUUGGAGGUGGUAAUUUCGGCAGCUUUGGCGGCUCAAACUUUGGUUUCGGUGGCGGAUUUCAUGGCCACCGACCAGUGGGCCUUUUUCCGGGAAAAACUACGGUCUUUGGACAAGGCCAGGACGAGCUUCACCACCAGUACGAUGUGCAUGAGACAUCGCCGUACCGUCGCAGUGAGCGGAAGGUGAGAUUCGAGCAGCCACGAGCGGCAGAAACGCCGGUGCAGGCACCACCAACCAAUACCAAGCCCAAGGCAACCACCCAAGACCGCUUCUACGACUUUGAAAACCAACGCAGGCCAAGUAACAAACUAUUGGCGGCAGCCAGUGCGGAGCAGGAGGGAGAGCUCCUGAUGAGAAACUUUCAGGACCCCCAAGGAAUGAAGGGCUGGCAGGCGGUGGACGUGAGAUCGCUGUAG